AUGUCCCAAGACACCAGGGAUCCCUUCACCUAUGCGCUGAGCUCCAACUCGGCCUGGGCUGGGUAUAAGAGCCACCAGAACCCGGAUUUCUUCCCGCGCCUGGCGUCCGGGCAAUCGCCCUCCAUCCUUUGGCUUGGCUGCUCCGACUCGCGCUGCCCCGAGACGACGAUCCUGGGGCUGCAGCCGGGCGACGUCUUCGUGCACCGCAACAUCGCCAACAUCAUCUCGCCGACCGACAUCAACACGUCGGCCGUCAUCGAGUACGCCGUGGCCUUCCUCAAGGUCAAGCACGUGGUGCUGUGCGGGCACUCGGCGUGCGGCGGGGCGGCGGCGGCGCUGGGCGACGCGCGCGUGGGCGGCGUGCUCGACACGUGGCUCACGCCGCUCAAGGCGGUGCGCAACGCGCACGCCGACGAGCUGGCCGCCAUCCGCGACGACAAGGCCCGCGCCGUGCGCAUCGCCGAGCUCAACGUCGAGGCCGGCGUCAAGGUGCUGAUGGCCAACGUCGUCAUCCAGGACCACAUCAAGGAGCGCGGGCUCCAGGUCCACGGCACCCUGUUCGACAUUGGCUCCGGCCGCGUCCGGGACCUGGGCCACGGCACCGGCAAGCCCAGGGCCGCGGCGUUCGGCGGCGGCGCCGCGGGCGACGGCGAGGUCAUCAGGGGCCGCCAUGCCACCUUGGUCUUCCGCAGCGAGGGCGCCGGCAUGCAGGCCCGGUAG